AUGGAUUGCGUGGCAUCGCAUACGGCUUUCUUAACAGCUCGUCUCUACGAAGGACUGGCUGACCUCAAGCAUGGUAAUGGAAACCCGGUCUGCACCAUCUACUCGCAGCCAAGCACCGAUCUUGCUGAUUCUGGUGGAAGCGGGCCGCUCAUAUCGUUCAACAUCCGCAACUCUGCAGGCGCUUGGGUCAGCUUGCACGAGUUCGAGAAACUCGCAACGCUAAAGAACUUGCACAUUCGAACCGGCGGUGUGUGCAGCCCAGGGGGUGUUGCCUCAGCACUUGGCUUGAGCCCCUGGGAGAUGAGAAACAACUUCUCCUCCGGUUUCCGCUGCGGAACUGACCAAGAUAUCGUUGCUGGGAAGCCAACUGGCGUCAUAAGAGCAAGUCUCGGCGCAAUGAGCACACUUUCCGAUGUUGCCUUUUUGGUCAACUUUGUCAAGGAAUUCUAUCGAGAGAAGGCCGUAACAACUGGUGUACGUCACAUUACGGAAUCUACUUCAUCAGCGGGAUUCGAAGUCCAGGGCAUCAGUGUAUAUCCCAUCAAAAGCUGCGGCAGCUACUCUGUACCUCCCGGGACGGCCUGGGAAGUCAAGCCUGAAGGUUUAGCCUGGGACAGGGAAUGGUGCCUGGUGCACCAGGGGUCGGGGCAAGCACUCAGCCAGAAACGGUACCCGAAAAUGGCUUUGAUCAGACCUAUCCUCGAUUUCGAACGCGGCCUGUUGCGCGUCACCUACCGUGGUAGCAAAGCAUCGCAUCUACCUGACGAGGUCUCAGUGCCGCUUUCUGCGGAUCCGGGACAGUUCGGGUCACAAAGCCCGUCUCGAACGAGGUCUUCUCGUGUAUGUGGGGACAACGUAAAGACACACAUCUACAGCUCCCCAUCGGUCAAUAAUUUCUUCAGCGACAUUCUUGAUGUCCCGUGUGUAUUGGCUCGGUUCCCAGCAGGCGGACAAGGACUCGGCAUGCGCCACUCGAAAGCCAAGGUGCAGAAGCACCAGCAAGUCAAGAUCGCAGCGCCAAACACAUGCCCAGGAGCUUUUCCGGAAUUGCCAUCUCCUCCAGACUCGGACUCGGAGCAAUCGGCAGGGAAAAUACUCCUCUCGAACGAAAGCCCAAUACUGGUGAUCAACACGGCAAGUCUACACGCCCUAAAUCGCGAAAUCGAGGCCAAUGGUGGGAGGUCCGUUCCACCAGAGUCGUUCCGAGCCAAUUUGGUGAUCGGGGCGACUCGGGAUUCCGAGCAACUAGCAUGGGCGGAGGACGAUUGGACGCGUCUAACAAUAGGCGGGGAGGAAUUCAAGAUGAUGGGAUCCUGCCGCAGAUGCCAAAUGGUUUGUGUCGAUCAAGAGACUGGUGAAAGGCACCAGGAGCCAUUCGUGACGUUGGCCAAGGUCCGGAGAUUUGACGGCAAGGUAUACUUCGGCGCGCAUAUGGGCCAUGACCCAAAGACCAAAGCCGCAACGGAAAAGGCACAGUUUCCAACUAUACAGGUUGGCGAUGCAAUCAAUGUCGAUGACGGGGCAUUAGCAACUUAA